AUGUCAAGCUCAAAAACUGAAAAACAAAGUGGAAUCAUGUCUUGGAUUUUUAGCAAUGAGCAAGCAAAAACUGUGGUAAGGAAAUCCAGAAAGAGAAUAAAGCUAUCAAAACCUCAGAUUAAGCUAAAUAAAUUGAUGAAUGAAGUUACCAAUUAUAUCAUCGACAAUGCUGAAAAUUCAGUCACAGCUUCAACCCCAAUCAAUUCCAUUUGUCUGUCGAGUGAUGAACCAUUUGUAUAUUUUGCAAGCAGCAAAGGCAGCGUAAGCUGCUUUAACUACGAAGAAUGCAAAAUUGUGAAUGAUAGUAUUUUGCACAUAAACUCUAUUAAUACUCUUCUAAUAGACCAUAACUUAAACCGAGCUGUCAUAUGUGGGGAAAGUCCUAUAGUUAGGAUUUACACAGUCCCAGAUUUUGAACUAUAUACAUUAAAAUGGCGAUACGUGUCAACCUGCCAUAUUGGCACAGCAGUUAAGACCUUAUGGCUACGGCGAACUGGGACGAACUCCUAGAAUCAAGUGCAGGCUCAAGAGGUGUGUAUCGGGUAGGUUUUGGCUGCUUUCCUGUGGUUGGAAAUGGAGGUGCUCAACAACGUCCUUUGGAUCAGAUGACCCAUGGGCAUCCCUCUACCGAUAAACUGGGGUUUCGGCCCAGGCCACAGGGGAACAUUCUUUUUCCUAUAGCUGUCAAAGAAAGGCACUUCGGCACCCGAUAAACUCCAAGGAUCCUUGGAAUCACGCUACUCCAAUCGCUCGUAGCAGGGCCGUAGAAACCCAUAAGCCGCCCACUCAAGGUAAGGAGGAGACAGAAAAUACCAGAAGGGCACUCGCAAGAGGGAUAGACCCUCUGGGCUGGAGUCGAAAAGCAGUAGAAUCUCCCGUACGGGAUGUCUUUGGUGACUGCGUCACCAAUAUGGCUAGCGCCUGACUUUUAAUAAUCCUAAUCCCAGAUUUUGAACUGGAAUAUGAAUUUAAAGAGCAUGCUUUAAACAUAUCAAAAAUUUAUUUAAACCAUGGAUUAUGCUACUCUGGAGACGUUGGAGGAGUUGUAAAUAGGAUAAAUUUAUUUGAGCUGAAACCAGAUAACUUUUCUAUACCAAAUAUAGGGAAAAUCACUGAUUUAUUAGUUACUCGGGAUAACAAUUUUCUUUAUGUGAGUGGCGAUGCUUUUAUUAAAGUUUAUGAUACAAAAACAAAAAAAGAAAUUAGCCAGCUGAAUAAUCAUACCGGAAUCGUAACUUGUUUAGCUAUUGACCCAAAAUCUGAAUAUCUAGCAUCAGGAGGAGAAGACUGCAAUAUUUUCUUAUGAAAAAUCCCUGAUAACACUCUUUUUAAAAAAAUUGGUCAACAUUCUGCAAUUUUAAGGUCAUUGAGCAUCAGUUCUGACGGAAUUUUUCUUGCUUCAGGAAGUGAUGAUUUUUUGGUUAAAAUAUGAGACCUAGAUUAUGAAAGAAGAGAGCAAACUUUAGGAGGACACAAAGGAAUCAUAAGAGCUGCUGUUUUUUCAGCAAAACGAGAUUUUAUUUUUUCCGGAGGAGAUGAUACAAUGCUUAAAGUCUGAAAAUUUCCUGAAUUUCAAGAGGAUUAUUUUUAUAAAGCAAACUCUAGCACUGACUAUAACUCAGUCACUUUUAUCCCAGACACAAAAGCUCUAAUGUCUUGUGGGACAGAUAAAAUUGUUAGGAGAUGAGAUAAAAAUGGAAAUCCUUCAAAUGCAUUUGCUACACAAGGUUCUGGGCUGAAAAUAUGUAUAUCCCAAGAUGAAAGAUAUGGAGCUGUUGGUGAUGAGCUCGGUAUUCUUUAUAUUUUUAACCCAUUUACAUUUGAAGUCCAUCAUAAAAUACAGGCUCAUCGUGGGCUUAUUAGAGAUUUAUGCUUUUCACCUAGAGGUGACUAUUUAAUUACAGGAGGCGGAGACUCAAUAGUCUAUAUAUGAAAUCUUGAAGGCACUGAAAAUUUACAAUUAAGAGGCCAUAGCCAAAGUAUAUGAUGCCUUUGUAUUAGUCAUGACGGAAAAAGAAUAUAUUCAGGCAGCAGCGAUAAAACAGUCAUUGAAUGGGAGGCCGAAGCGGCUUGUGAGAAAAAGAUUUUCCAUAUUCAAGAGCCAGUGAGCUCUAUUGCAAUAUCUCAAGAUGAUAGCCUGAUAAUAACAGGAGGGAUGGUUGGGAUUGUAAAAGUCUGGAAUAUUGAUGAAGCCUGACUUGAGUCGAAAUUUACAGUGCACGCAGGGGUUGUAUAGCUAGAGAACUAUUUUUGCUCGGUCUUCCCGAUUUUUUCUAUCAGACGGGAGUUGGCCGAACCAGCUUAUGUUUGUAAAACAAACUCCUCAAGUGUUUCUGCUACUUGGGGAUUUGGCUUUACCAACUCCCCUCUUCCCAUCACGAAAGAUCGGGAAUUCCGACCAAAAUAGUGUUUGGGCUAUAACACAGAUUGUAGUUCUUCAUAGCAAUGAAACUAUGCUGACAGCAGGGACUGAUUUUAAGAUUUUUGUGAUUUCUUUAUUAUAUCGUGAAGCAGUCACUUAUUUUUCACGCAAAUCUCCUAUAUACUCACUCGUAGUAUCAUCUGAUGAAAGCUAUAUCGCAACUGGAGAAAAGCAGCAUAUAAUUUUUCAAGAAAACCCACUUUCUGCUCAAACCAUUUCUGUGGCAGGACCUAUUGAAAAAAUCCAGGAAUAUUUGUCAUAUAUGAGAGAUGUGUUGACCGAUAAGCAUCCGACCUAUGACAAUGCGUAUGAUAAUUUUUUAAUUUUGCCUCAUUAUGUGAAUAGUCUGCAUAUCUAUUCAUUUUUGAACCUCAAAGAAUAUAUGCUUAUUAAUUUAUAUGAAAAUUAAAUUUAAUUAUUACUCUUAUAUGAAUACUUUAUUAUGAGAGAUUAUUUCUGGAGCUCUUAGCCAUUCCGCAGCUACAAUAAAAACAAGCCAAGGCUUUUAUCCUUUAUCUAUUGCUUUACUUACUCUCUGCGGUACAUGUGCGAGUAAAACAAUAGGAAAACACCUUUGCUACCAAAACCCAUCAUCCAUAAGCAAAUAGAAAUUUUUUUAAUAUAAAAAUUUUUAUGAAAACAAUUUAAUAUAAGUGUUAAUUAGAAUAAUGAAAUCGAGCUAAUUCUGUUUAAUUUAAACAAUUUGCACUUUAAAAAAACAUAAAUUUCACAAAUUAAAUUUUAAAUUUUUUCCAAUUGGUUUUUUUUUUUAGAACAAUUAAACCCCCUCUAUGUGCGUACAAAUUUUUUUUUUGUUACGCAAGGAAGGGGAGUUAAAGAAUUUAAAGGAUUGAGAGAUGAAUUCGUCAAAUGUUUUUGUGCAGUUGGGAAACACAAUCCUUUUAUUUUACAAAUAGUCGAAAAUGACUUAAAUUCGAUGAACACGCAAGGAUUUGGAGCUUUAAAUGACCUUUAUGAAGUUUUAUACCAAGAAACGCAAAGGAAAAGUCUACCUAAAUUUUGUGAAUCCAAUGUGGUCUUGCCUAUAACAAAUAUUUCUGAUUCUCCACGAAUCAAAAUUUCUGAUUUUUUCAAUGAGAAUGGCAUCAGCAACCAAGGGACUUCUAUGAUAUUUAAAGAGUCCUACAUAAAACUAAAUUUUCAUAUGGGAAGCCGCCAGAGUUUAGAUUUCCUUAUGAGUUUAUCUACAUGUAAAAACAACGAAGUGUUUAAAACCCCUUUAAUUCUUGACGUAAUUCGGUAUAAAUGAGAAACUGCUAGAUAUCCAUUAAUGUACCAAGGUUUUAUGUACUAUUCAUAUUUAGUCACGCUCUCUAUCUAUACAGCCUGAUUUAUGAAAAAUCGGUCCUUUCAGAUAACUCUUUUUAUUAUGAAUUCUCUCUUAAACAUUUUUGAGCUGUUUUUAAUGGCUGUCUCAGGGAAAUACUACUUCACUUAUAUAUGAAAUUACGUUGACUGGUUUAGAGGUAUCAUGCUUUUACUAUACGAAUACAUGGAAUGAUACAACGUUUUGCCUGAGCUCAUGCCUUCAGUUUUCGCUAUAGUCACUUUUCUCAGCUGAGCCAGAGGGAUUGCAUAUUUUCGGCUAUUUAAAACUACCCGAUAUUUUAUCAACCUCCUCAUAAGUGUGAUCAGUGGGAUGUCUGGGUACAUUAUUUUAUUAAUUUACUCCACUUUUGCAUUUUGCUUUAUAUUUAUAGUCCUUGCAAGAGAUAUGCAUAUCCCAGAUUUAAUGCUAAACGUUAGAACUUCAUAUAAUUUGGUAUUCGGAAAUUUUGACUUUGAGAGCGAAAUAAUUGAGCUUACUGUUGUCACGCUUGGGAUUAUCAUAAACCCUAUCAUAAUGAUGACUAUUUUAAUUUCUAUUAUUACUGAUGUGUAUGAGCAGGUUCAAAGUGAUUGCUUGUCGUCAGAUAUAAAAGAAUUGAUUUUUUUGAAUAUUGAGGUAGAAAAUCUAAUGUUUUGGAAAAGAAAAAAUGUGCAUAGACAGUAUAUACAGGUAGUUAAAGAGUAUGAAAGAGAAGAUGAUUUGUCGUGGGAAGGAAAACUUACUGUACUUAAGAAGUCAUUGGAGAAAUCACACCAUUCGACACUACAGUUUUAUGGGGCAUUUACAAAAAGGCUUAAAGAUAGAGAUGAGCUUAUGAGUCAAAAUGCAAAAAAGGCACAAAAGAUAAUUGAGCUGCUUGAUUUAAUUAAAUUAAAGUAAGCUGUUCGUCCUAGAUAGGGUCGGGAUUUUCACCCCUAAAUGAUCAUUUUCCCGAAGGACCCCGGCAGACACCACCACCGCUGGCAAGGGAUUCGAACGACCAUCUUGACUUCCAUGGCUUUUGGAGCCUAUAGGCCCAUCACCUAGGUCGAAAUUCCCCAGUUUCUCGUUAGCAGAUGUCACCUCUUGAGUCUGCUAGAGAGAUUUAUCGUCCUCUUGUGGCUUUUGCUUGUCCCUGCCCUUUCUAAUGAUGGCCUCGGAGAGGCAAAACUAAGAGUCCCAGGGAUCAGCUUCUUAGGGCCCGAGAAAACCUAGUCCGAUACACACUAAGAAUUAACGGCCUCUUUCUGCCCUUCCUCUUCACACUGGGCCGUUGCCUGCAAGUGUUGAAAAAAAGGGUCAGGAGAUCAGGAGGUCUGUCUUCAUCAUUUUUUAUAUAUAUCGAGCUGCUUGAUAGAGAAGCAGAAAAAGAAGAUUAA